AUGGAAGUAGCUGCAAAUAUGUAUAAAUUGAAGCUAAGUUCGUCUCAUAACUACCAAGGACCAACUGAAUUAUCACAGCAAUAUUCACAACUUAUAUGCAAUUAUUUACACAAUGAUUUUCUUUCAAGCACAAUCAUAUCUUACCAGAUACAAGAAGAAAAAGAAAAAGAUUUCAUACUCAAUCAAUUGAGUCAAAGCCUUGAUACUUUUGGAGAAUUGAAGUUAUCUACGGAUAAUAAUUCUCGAUCUGCUCGGUACGUAAAAGUUACCCCGUCGGUGAAUAUUGAAAAGUUGAAACAGUUAUUUCUUGACCAUUGGUUAAUCCUUCAAGCUGAUCUCUUGGUAUGCAUUACUGGUAGCACUGAGAAAGAAAGAGUCGAAUAUUGGGAAAAACUGUUUUACGAAACAUUUUUUAAAGAUGCUCACACCACUGUUGCCAUUACCAAUGGUAUCCAAGAUCAACUAACUAAAGCACUUGGAAAUGCUAUGAAGUUCAGAUGGAACCAGCCUCUCUGUAAAUCAUCUUUAUUGGGCAUACCAUUUUGGCAUCAGAUAUAUAACAAAGAUCAGUUAGUGGGCGCCAUGAAUGAAGGCAAGUAUCCAGCUACUUAUACAAAAUUACGUGAGAAUGAAAUCACUGAUGGGGAUGAGAUGCCUUUAGCGGAAAAUCAUGAAUAUUAUGUCAUGCUAGACGCUAAAAAUUGUUCAAAAUCUUAUGAAACUAGAGUUGGAAUAAUUUCUGCUUUAAGGGAAAAUAUUGCAAACACUUGGGUGCCUGAAUUUUGGACUGAACGAACUGGUUUAAAGACCGUUCCAAGUUUGCAUUUAGUAAUUGGUGGUGAUGUAGUAACUCUUAUGGAAGUUAAUGCUUUGCUACAAAAUCAUCAAAUCGUAGCAUUAGUAAAUUGUCGUGGCGCUACUGGGUUGCUAUGUAUGGCAUUGAAUAAGUUGCGCAAUUCGAAUUUGCAAAGCCUCGAUAAGGAGUUUGUCGAAGCAGUAUUGACAAAACAAGGUUCCUGGCUAACUGGUGUUAGCCAACAGUCAAUUAUUAUUGAUUACUUCAUGAAAAUAUUGGACAAAUCGGACCUGGUUCAUAUCAUUGACCCUGAUCACUUUAAAGAAGAUUUCUACAGCUUAGUUAUUAAGUUGUGCGGAUGCUUCGUGGUUGGGUUAUUACGGUGCAUGAUUAUAGUAAUUAAUAUGACUAAUUGGAAUAAUUUUGAAUAUAAAAUAAUCUAUUUUGAGUGUAAAGGAAGUGUUUGGGAUGUAUGCAACACUAGUAAUAUUCAGGGUUACUAA